UUGCCUUUGCUGUCUACCUGCAGUUUCAGUGGGCACCAUGAUGGUGACUGUACAAGAACACCUGAUGGAGUUCUUGAGAGAAAUGGAUAUGGAGUUCAUACUACUGCAGAUGGAAUUAUUUAUCGUGGAACAUGGAAGAAUGAUAAGAUGAAUGGUUUAGGAAGGCUAGAACAUCCUUCAGGUGCAGUUUAUGAAGGUGAGUUCAAGAACAACAUGUUACAUGGAAUAGGAACGUAUGUAUUUCCCAAUGGAGCCAAGUAUACUGGACAAUUCAAUGAAAACAAGCUGGAAGGGAAAGGAGAAUUUACAGACACACAAGGGCUGGAAUGGGAUGGCACCUUCCAUUAUACAGCAGCACCAGGGCUGAAGCUAAAGUUAGAAAUGUAGAAUAUUUUGGACUGGUAGAGAAAUCAAAUGUUUCUCUUACAGAGUUUUCAAGCAAAUAAUGUAAUAUUUAGCUUAAUGGAAAUAAACUAUUGUUUUUAAAUUGUACAGAUAAAAUAAACAUGCUAAUAUUGAAUAAUGUCUUGUUCUAAUAAUCUUUAUGAAUUUGUGAAGAAUAACCCUGAGACAUUCAGAGAAAAAAAGGAAGUGUGGAAAGCACGGUAGAAUAUAACUGAAUCAAUACAUCUACAUAAAUAAUUUGUAGUCUGCCAUUUU